GUUUAAUGGUCAAGAAGUGGCAAAUAUUCAACCGCAAGUUUGACUUCCAGACCUGACGGUUAAGACGUCCGUGACAGAUUACUGUGCCGAUAUCGUACAAUUGUUAUACAUACCUAUGUCACGAGGGUUGAUGAAAAUUGAUUGAUUUUAAUUUCGGAGACGAUUGUACGAUUGAUUAAGAGCGACAUCAGAGCUUUCUCGCGGCUCUUUUCUCACUCUCAUUGGAUCGAUCGAACCGAACUUCCGAAACACGUGUCUAUUUCUGUGUUCGAUCAUAUUAUCGUCGUGUUGCGGAAACUUUGACAUUUUUUACGAUACAAAAAUUCCGAAUGUAUCGAAACGUUGGCCGAAAAAUUUUGAAAACCAUCCGAACUCUCAGAACAAACACAAGUUCCCUGACAUUUCCCGGUUUUACAGACGAAAAUAGUUAUUUUCGAGGACUCAUUUCAGCCUAAAUUUACUAGAAAACACUCACUUAGUUAAAAAUUAGACGUACGUCUUCAUCAUUUCUCCGACAGCCAGACACCCUGAAUUGACGGAUCUUAUAGGUGGGCGUUGCAUCGGCAAAGACAACGCGGCCAGACGCAUGGCUAACAAUGAGGUAAAAUUGGCGAAAUUAAAUACAUCGGAUACACCUGCUAACACUGACUACGAAAAAAUGAGAAAUGAAACAGUGUCGAAUAAACGUUUCAAGGUGUGAUAAAAUAAUAAUUUAAUCAAUGUGGAAGACUCCCACACAUUCGAAAUGGAAUUUGACUACGAACUUCGGCAGGACGUUCUGGGCUUUUUGCGUAGUCUCUCCACUAUUGCCCUACCACCGACGCUCGAUGCCUCGCGAGAGAGACUUUUGAAACGCAUUGGAGACAACGGGGAACCACCGGACGAAUAUGUCAACAUGCAGCCUGACAAGCCGCUUUCAAAUUGUUCAGCCCAACGACCAGAUUCAUCGGAAGAUUAUAUAACACCCUGUAUUCCAAGCUUUUUGCAUAAAAAUAGCCUGAUCAAGAUACGGUCUGCGACUGAAACUAAAAUUCCGACUACUUUUCCCAAACACUUUGCAUCACCAUCCAGACCACCAACUUAUGUCCAGCCGUUGCCUCCUACAGAUUCACCUGUUAUCCAACGACCGUAUCACGAUACGCAGUCAUCUACGAAUGUCGUAUCUACAGUCAAGCAAGAUGAGUUGGCGACCGUCGAAGAAAUCGAUGAUUCUGAAAGUACAGAAAUAUACGCUAAGAUGAAUGCGCAAGAGGCCGAAGCAAAAUCACAGAAAUUUGAGCAGCUUCGGAGAAAGGAGAGAAGAUUUGUCUUUGAAGGCACUCGCUUAUUUUGGGCUGCUCUCUUAGACGCACAUAUUCUUUGCUACAACAAUAAGAGAGAUCCAGAACCUACACAGAUCCUACCCUUAAAGGGUUCUAUGUGCCAACCUGUGAACGCCAAGCAAUUUAGUCCUAAGAAGCUGGUAGAUUCAACAUUCGAGAUUUGCUUGAAGGACAAUAGAAAGUUUCAGUUCAUAGCUGUCGCCCCAACAAAUAUGUCGCAGUGGAUGACAGCGAUUCAUAAAAUACAAGAAAAGACCGCAACUGCAAAUCAAGCCUCGCAACCAGUGAAGGCAACCCCGAAGCCUGUGAAAGUUGAACCUUGUUCAACAGAUCGAAACUCAAACGAAGAUUACGAGGACCUUGUUAUCACUAGCAUUCAGGAAGCACUAAACUUACCGCCAAAGAUUCCUACCUCAAAUUAUGUUAAUGAAAAAUCACUAACAACUAGCACCGCAGAGUCGUCAAUAAAUUCGAAAUCUCCAAUGUUACCACAGAAAGUUCCUGCAAAAUAUGUUGAGGAACUAUCUGAACCAAAGAGCAGCAAACCUAGUAAACCUGCACCACCUCGGGUUCUAGUCCGCACUGCGAGGAAACUUCCAUCUCUACCUUUGUCCGAAGAAUUUCCUAGCGAAGAUAAAGAUAUGGUUUAUUCUAUGAUUCCUGAAGAAAAUCAUACCAGCCAGGAUGUUGAUUUUAAAGGUGAUGUGGAACAAGCAGACUUGUACGAUGACAUAGAUAGUAUAUUGCAGAAAGUGAAAUCAAUCGAAACACAGAAUGUCGAUGUAGUACAGCAAACACAAGCGAGUGUACACGAGAGUGAAGAAAGCGAUACAUACGAUGACGUGGUGCAGGUAAAAGAGGAAGUGCAAAAUCUUAGGAAGAUGGAGAAAGUAAUGCAAAAAACGACAGAAAACGAUAUUGAGAAACAGGCACCUAAGACACUGGCAAAGUCAUCAGCAUUCAGAUCUAUACUUGACAGAAUAAGGCAAAAGAGCGAAUCGCCGCAGAAAGGAGAUUCGAAGAAAAACCCAAUCUCCUUAUCCCCUCAAAAUAACGACAAUAUAUCAGCUCCGUAUAAUAAAUCACUACCUUUGGAUGAAAAUUCUGAGGAAUUGAAACGUAGUGACAUAAAUACAGGAGCACUUGAUUUAUCAGACUACAAUAGUCCACCACCGCCAAGACCGCUUCUUGACAAAAAGCCUUUGGAUCAUGAAAUAGAGGAACAAAUGAUCUAUGAUGAUAUUGGUAUCAAAAGCAAUGAGCCUGUAAAUUGCAUCGUUAAACCUGUAAAGAUAUUGGAUGACAAACAAAAGACUAAUGCAUUAUUGAUGAACAAUAAAUCAGUCUUUGAAAAACAAUCAGUCGCAAGCUUGUCGUACAAAAAAUUCUCAAAGGUAGUUCGUAACUUGGAUAAAAGUUUUGAAGAUGAUAUUUAUCAGAAUCAACCUGCCGAAUCAAAUCUCGAAGAGAGUUCAGAACAUUACCAAAUACCAGUGAAUCCAGAUGCAGGUGCGCAGACGCCGCCUCCGAAUAGCCUGUCUGACAAUAAUGGUGAGGAAAUUUAUGAUGACGUAGGGAUAGUCGCUCAAAAGAAACGUGCAAAUCAAGAAGCUAAAAGUAAACCUAUGGUACAAACUCCAUCAAAUGGUGUUUGGACCCUUCCUAAAGCAAAAUCGUCAGAAAUUAAAUUAUUUGCAAAGACCAACAAAUUUUCUACAUUCAAGCCAGAAGAAUCGAGUUCAGAAAAGAAAGUUCGACAACUGUUUAGUGGUGGAAAAAAGUUCAAAAUGCCCCAAGCUAAACAAUAUAUUACAAAGCAUGGAGCAUGUCAUAUUGGGAAUGAUAUUUAUGACGAUUGCCGUUAAAGUGAAUCGCUUAAAGUGUCAAAAUAUUGAAUGACAUUUUAAGUAACAGAGAAACAAAAAAUCAAGAAAUGCUGUGAGCCAGUUCGACAAUUGAUGGUGAAUAUGCAAGCUGUGAAAACUGUUCAAUAGAAUAAAAGGGGCUUUCUCCGUCAAAAUUUAAAAAAAAAAAUUUUUAAAUUCAUAUCUCCAGAACACAUGUACGAAAAUAUUCGAAAAAAGUUGUGAAACCUCCUCUCAUUUGUUUAAUCACCUAUAAAAAUAUCGAUGGGAUCAAAAAUUUCAAUUCUGAUUGCUGUACAUUCUGACGGAAAAAGCCCGAAGUAUACCUACAUAUAACUGGGAAUGACUGUUGUAUAAUGUUUAAUGUGUCUACAUAUGUAUCAAACAAGUAUUUAAGUCAGCAUGUUUAUAAGAAAAGAAUUCUAAUCUCUCAAUUGUUGGCAACUCGUGAUAUUUUUAUGUUUUCAUGGGUUUUUUUUCCAUAAAAUCACAGAUGCCUCUAUCUUUUGACAGACAAGGCUUAUCGAUUUACAGAUUAAUGUGUUAAGCAGCCAUAUGAUAAUAUUUUAUACUUUUGUACAUAUGUGAUUUUUUUUGUUUGUAUAU